AUGGCGCGCGUCUCAAGACCCGUGCUAGCCACGGGGGCCGCGGGCCCGGGGGUGGGUGGGGGCGAGGCCCGCGCCUCUCACUCCCCCAACACCACCGCCGACAACCACGAGGGCCGCAAUGGGAGCAGGGGGGCAGAAACCCCUCACACCCAAAAAAGUACGGCAAGGCAGACCCCCACGCUCUGCCCGCCGCACGCCUACAAAAGCGAAAGAAAACGAAGCGGGGACCCGUUCGCGACGCAGCCCGCCGGGCCACGGUGGCUCGGUCCGCACCGGCCACGACAACUGAGGAAGGGGCGAGGCGCCGCCGCCUCGCCCGCGCCAUAUAUCUCUCUCGCCGGGGACAUUUUUCCCCGUCGCGUCCGGGUCCGCACGCGGGCAGGGGCCGGCCACCGCGGCCGGCCGCCACCCCUGAAACAAUUCCGCCCGCAAAGCGCGGGUCCCCGGCUUAAGGCCGAGGAAGGGGGACGAGGGCCACAACAACUCGGGGCGAGGGACGGGGUGCCGCCACCCCGGCCCCGCGAUUCCCGUCGGGCGACUUCUCCCGUCACCGAGCCCCUGGAGCGGCAAAAAGCGGGGCAAAGCCGAAGGCAAGGCCGCGCGCCCCACCGGGCGUCCCCCGCAGCCCCUUUCCGACACACGGCUCUCUCACACCUGGCAACAGCGGGUCGGGAGCGGGGAACGGGGCGCCGCCAGCCUCGGCCGACCGGGCAACCCGGUCUUCGGGACUCUCGGGGAAGGGCCGGGGCGGGGGGUAAAGCCUCGUACGGGGCUCGAACAACGACAGAGGCGCCCCCGGCCGACGUCUGCCCGCGGCUGCCGGCCACCGUGCCCCACCGAGACCGACAGCCGAAAAAAACCGCACCCCGCCGAGGGGGGCCCCGGCUUAAGGCCGAGCACAUGAGGGGGACGAGGCGCCGCCGCCUCGCCCGCCAGCCACCAGCGUUCGGUUUUUCCCCACCCCAGGGUCUACCCCGCCUGGGGGACAAGGGUACCCCUCUGAAGUUUGCCUCGUGUCCCGCCACCGGACCAGGCCUGUCGGCCGGCCCCGGCCCCGGCCCCGGCCCCGGCCCCGGCCCCGGCCCUGGGCGGACCCGGCCUCCCGGGGACGCCCGCCUGCCCGCCCCUGGGCUAGACCUGUUGGCCAGCCCCGGCCCCGGCCCCGGCCCCGGCCCCGGCCCUCGGACGGCUCUUGUGUCGGGGUGGCACACGAACGCUUCGCCGGGAUCAAAAAUUCUCGGCCCAUCGGAUUUCUUUUCCUGCCUGCGCGGCCAGACGCCUCCCAGCCGAGCCGACGGGCAGCCCGCGGCCCGCGCCCGGCCCGCCGACGCGCUCGACCGGCAACGGGGCGUCCCCACCCCGCGGGGAGCAGAGACACGGCACCAGCCAGCAAGCCGCACCUCGGGGCGGACAGCGGGAGAAUGGAAGCAGGCGGAAGCGUGCGGUGGGACGCGGCUGGAAGCCGCCGGCCCCCCGCGUCACUGGACUCGAAUCGCCGGCAGAGGCGGCGGGCGGGCGGCCGCCUGCUCAUGCCGGCUCUCCGGCGGUCCGCGGAGGUCGUCGGCCCCGGGCCCGCCUCGUGCGGGCCCGGCACGGAACCACCCUUCGCCGCCGGCUCCCGCGGCGCACCGCCUUCUGGGCUUUUCCCCGCCCCCGGUCGGCGACGCUUGCCGGGCGGCCCCGCCCUGCGACGUCACCCUGCCUGGCACCGCCUUCCGGGCUUUCCCCGCCCCCCUGCUGGGCGACAGCUGGGGCCGACGGCGGUGGCCCCGACCCACCCACGCCCCAGGCGGCUCCCCAAGCGGCCGGCCGCUCGGCACGGGGACAACGCCUGCGGGGGCUGAGGAGCGGGCCGACGGGGCCGCCGGCAGCUUGAGGCUUUCGCUCCGACGGCGCCUUCCUUCCCGCUCGCCCCCGGCCGGCCCCACUGAAGCCUGCAGGCAGACGGCAGCCCCGCUGAUCGAGCCAGCCAAGCAGAAAGCGAGGUGGAAGCCGGGCCGCCAUCUGCUCGGACCCGGACGGGGGAGGGAGCGCCGCCGGCUUCCGAAGGCCCUCUCCCUCCCUCCCUCCCUCUCGGGGAGAAGCGAAGGCGGCGAGGGGCUCAGGCCGAUAGGGGAGAGCCGCUCGACGCAUCGCACGGCGGCCCGCCGGCUGACAGCAGGUCAAACCAGCGGCCGGCCGACAGUCUACCCAGCCGCCGAAGGCCGCCGGCCGACAAAGGCCCCUCGCGUGCAACAGGUCUACCCAGUGGCCACCAGCCGCCGAGGGCGGCUCGCGUGCCCCUGGGUGCCACCCCAGGGGCCGCCAGCCGCCAACGGCCGCCGGCCGCCGAAGGCCGCUCGCGUGCCGCUGGGGCUCCACCCAAGAGGCCGCCAGCCGCCGCGGGCCGCUCGCGUGCCGCUGGGCGCCACCCCAGAGGCCGCCAAGGGCUGGGCCGGAGCCGCUCGCUCUUGGCGUGGCCAACGGGUGGACUUCCCCCGCUUCCACCAGCGCCCGCGCGCCGGGGAAGGGAAGCCCGCCGCCCGCCGCCGCCGCCGCCGCCCUCGAGGCCAAGCCCCCGCCCCGCGUAUCGGGCCUGGGACCCGCGCGGAGGGAAGUCGAGGCCCCUCGCGGCCCGCGGCGGGGCCCCUCUCGGCCCGUCGCGGCACGCGGCUCCCACCCCCCAAGGAUUUGGGCUCGGCCGCGCGCUCCGGCCCCCGGACUCCGCGUAUCGGGCCUGGGACCCGCGCGGAGGAGAGCGCGAAGGCGCGGCGAGGGGGGGGGACGACCGCGCCGGCCCGGGCGCCCGCGCGCCCGCGCCGCCGGAGCCCCCUGUCGGCCCCGGGCCCGCCGCCGAGAGAGGCCUCGGUGGAGGAGGAGGAGGAGGUGGACGAGAGGAGGCGCCGCGCACGCGCGCGACGCCCCUGGCCCGGUCGGAGGAGGAGGAGGAGGACGGGGCUCCGGCCGGUCGGCCGGGCCCGAAAGCGACAAAAGCUUGUCGCCGGGUGCCCCACGAUCGUGCGGUACGCGGCGGGGGAGAGGCGGCGCCGCAUCCGUCCGCCCCUCCGGGCCCCGACCACGAGCGGCGCUCCGCACCGGGCCCGCCCGCCGGAGCGGGCGGGCGGCCGGCUAUCGCGAGCCCACCGAGGCUCCGGCGGCGCUGCGGUGUACCGCCCCAGUCAAACUCCCCACCUGCCGCUGUCCCCGGAGCGGGUCGCGGCCGGCGCGCGCCGGCCGCUUGGCGCCAGAAGCGAGAGCCCCCCUCGGGGCUCGCCCCCCCGCCUCACCGGUUCUAAGCCGGCUGCUAGGCGCCGGCCGAGGCGGGGCGCCGGCCCGGGGACCCCCCCCGGGGACCCUCCCCCGCGCGAACCGCGGGGCCCGACGCCGGCCGCGCGCGGCCUCCCGCGCGCGCGCCGCCCCCGCCGCCCGACCGCGCGCCGCGGGAACCCCGCCGGCGGCGAAGCCGACGGGGCGGCGGCGCCCGGCCCCGACGACGGCGACGGCGGCGACGGCGGCCGCCGCUGCUGGGGCGCCGGCCGCGGCAAGGCGGAGGGCGGGCGGAGGGGGGGGCGGGCGGCGCCCGCCGCAGCUGGGGCGAUCCACGGGAAGGGCCCGGCGCGCGUCCAGAGUCGCCGCCGCGCGCGCUGCGCGCGCGCCCCCACCGGCGCGCCCGGGCAGGGCCGCGGCGGAGAGCGCACUCACCCGCGCGCGGCGCCUCGUCCAGCCGCGGCGCGCGCCCAGCCCCGCUUCGCGCCCCAGCCCGACCGACCCAGCCCUUAG